AUGAUGCCGAAUGUACUGCUAACGGUUGAUGAUUAUCGUCGAGAAGCAGUGAAACGACUGCCCCAAAUGGCCAGAGACUAUUAUCAGAGCGGAUCUGAGGCGGGUAAAACGCUGUUUCGAAACGAAAAAGCAUUCGCCAGGUUUUUUUGUCACUCAUUUUCGAAAGAAACUUUUUUUUUCAACUUAAUUUUAUUGUCUAGUGACUUUUUAAAUGUUCUUCAAAAAAUGCAUUUUACUAUGUAAUUAAAAGCUCAACAUGUAACAUGUUUGAAAAGUAGAUUAUAGCCUUCUGAUCCGACCAAGAUGCCUAAGAAGCGUCGCCAAAGUGACCACUUCAGUGGAAUGGUUCGGAGCGACUCACGCGUUCCCAAUCGGAAUCGCACCGACAGCUUUCCACAAAAUGGCAACUUUCGAUGGGGAGCUGGAUACCGUGAGAGGUCAGACUUUGAGAGAGAUUCAUUCAAAGAAGUGAUGUCAGGAGCAGCAGCUGCAGGUACAGUGAUGAUCUGCAGUUCCUGGAGCACGACCUCUAUCGAGGAAAUCGGGGAGGAAGCCAGGAAAACUGGCGCCGUUUUGUGGUUUCAGGUAGGGGAAUCACUUUGUUCUUUUGGAAAAAUCUUAUCUUUCAAAUUGUGGGAAUUUUCUGGAACCUUGCCAAAACACUCUUUUUGUACCAUGGUCCAGAGAGCUUAAACGUUUCCACCCGCCAAUUUUUCUAGUUUUUGAGAAAAGGACACCUCGAAGUCAAAGAAAAGCCUCAAAAUCCGUGAAAAUGGGGCCUUUACAAGAGAUUUGAGCUCUUAUAAUAAGGGCCUUAUUUCCUGGAAACUUGGAAGUUGUGCAGGUUGAGACUUUCAGGACGUUUUCGUGGUACAUAAAGGAACGUUUAAGACAAUUAAAAAAAUUCUCAACCCAAAGAUUAUAUUUUACAAGAAUUUUCAGCUCUACGUCUACAAAGACCGCGACGCGACCGAGUCGUUGAUCAGACGAGCCGAAAAAGCCGGAGUAAAAGCCUUGGUUCUGACGGUAGACACCCCGGUUCUCGGCCGAAGACUUGCCGACACCCUCAACGGCUUCUCCUUGCCGUCUCCUCUGAAGUUAUCUUGAUUCAUCUUCAGAAAAAGGAAGGUAUUCAGAUUCGCCAACUUCGAGAACAGCGUCACCAAGGCCGAGAUGCCGACUGGAGGUGCUGGCAAAUCCGGAUUCAUGCAGUACGUCAGCGCGCAGAUUGAUCCGUCGCUCAGUUGGGAAACUCUUCGGUGGAUUCGCACGUAUGCUUUUUCAUAUUGAGAUAUGAGUAAAGUUCGAAUUUCACUGCGCUAUUUACUAUGGAUAGAUUUGCCGUUCUGAAAUUUGGGGGUUUUUUUUUAAAUGAUAAUUUUUUUAUUUGUCUGAAACCUUUUGAAGAUCUCCCGCAGAUCCUGUGAAAACUUUUAAAGUAAUUCUGAAAAUAAGAGACCUCAAAAGUCUCUCAUUCAAUUUUUAAAACUUGAAACUUGAAAUUUGAGGCUUUUGUUCUCAAAAAGAAGAAGAAUAUGUAGAUUUAGAGAUUCAGGACUUCGUCACUGACGUCAAACAUCUUUUAUCACGUUUAAUUUUUCAAACAUUAAAUUAAUUUUCCCUGUAAAUUCUAGUGUAUGCAGCAUUCAUUAACCCUGAAUUUUCUUCAUCUUUUUGGUCCUGCAUACGAUACAAAAAAAUCAUACAGUCGUCUACAGUAAGACGGACCUGCCCAUCCUGGUCAAAGGGGUCAUGACAUCCGAAGAUGCUGAAUUGGCUUUGAAGGCCAAAGUCGACGGAAUCAUCGUCUCGAAUCAUGGCGGUCGGCAGAUGGAUGACAUACCAGCUACAGUGGGUUUACAAAUGUUUGCGAAAAAGAAGUCAGUUUUCAAUGCCAUCUUUUUCACCAGGAUACGGAUGAAAAAUUGAAACGUUUAUGUUCAAAGGGAUUUCGCGAAAUGCAAAAUGGCGGUCAGAGAAGAAAAAUAUAACUAAAUUUUGGAGAGUCAGAGAUAAUUUUGAAUUUCGCAGAAAUCACUUCGAACACGGCAUCAGGGUGACAUUGGUCAGUUCAGAAAUCCUUCCUGAAACUCCCUUUUUUCAAGCUUCAAAGUUCGCGAUUCACCGCCUUCUACCUUGAAACUUCUCUUUUGUUAAAAAAAAUACAACUUUUGGGAUUUUUUCAGAUAGAGGUCCUGCCAGAAGUGAUCCAAGCCGUUGGAAAGGACGUCCCGGUCUUUCUGGACGGCGGGAUUCGCAACGGCAGAGACGUUUUCAAAGCGAUCGCUCUAGGGGCUCGCGGAGUUUUCGUGGGAAGACCCAUUUUGUGGGGGUUGACCGUUGGGGUUACAAAACUUUCAUUUUCAUUGAAAAUUGGGCUCGAAGAGCAAAGUGAUCUGAUAGUCAACAAAAACUUUAAAAGUUGAACUUUUUUUUGUCUGUCUCGAAACAUUUAAUUUCCACCAAGUUCUACGCAUCAUAUAACUUGAACCUCUAGUUAUUUUUUUGGAUCAAAUCACCCUCCAAUCGGUUUUUCAGCGAGACCAAGGAGUUCGGGACGUCCUAGCGAUUCUACAGAGCGAGUUUCUACACGCGCUGCAAUUAACAGGCAAAAUUAGUUCAAUCAUUUGAAUUCGAAAGAUUUUCUCAGGUAUCCGUUCGAUCGAGGAACUACAGGGCGAGAAGAACGUUGUCGUUCACAAGAGCGCCUUCUCGAAAAUAUAA